GUAGGUAAGAAGCGGUGAAGCAAUGGUGGUGGUGGUGGGUAAGGGCAGUGGUGGUGGUGGUGGUAGCGGGACGAGUUGCCCCGCAGCAGGAGGGUGAGCUGAUCAGUCCAUACCAAGUUGGCGGUUGAGCAGGAGCAGUAUUGCCACUCACCUGCACAGCCCAGAGAAGCAGCGCAGCCAUGGCGAGAGUGUCCUGGGUGGGGAGAGCGCGGUGCCUGCUGGUGGUGGUGGUGGUGGUGAUGAUGAGAACCAAGCCGGCUUUCUCCCAGGACUUCCCCACUGUCGCAAAGAGCAUCGCCAAUCCGGACUUCCCCUGCGGGGAGCCUUAUGGACCGAAUGGGGAGCCGCCAGCAGGCAGGAGGGUGGCGCGGCAGAUCAUCUUUCCUGACGAAGAGAUCUACCACCACUACUGGGCCCAGCUGAUGCACCGGGGUGAGCCUGGCGUACGCGGAGGAGAGGCACCUCUCAAACCUGUGGAUGAAACUGACACGUUCUGCGGUGCUUCUGUCAUCAGUGAUCGGUUCCUCAUCACAGCUGCACACUGCAUAUACGAAGCCCCCAACCCGGUGAACUCAGUGCGGCUGGGAGACAUCAACCUGAGGACAGACCGUGAGAGUAACUCCAAGCCCGUGGACCACGAGAUUACUCUUAUCAUCACUCAUCCAGGCUACGAUCCAGAGAAGAGUAUGCGUCACAAUGAUUUGGCGCUGCUCAUGACCAAGGAGAAGAUACAGUUUAAUGAUAUCGUCUUCCCGUACUGCAUCUCUGACCAGCCUCCCGCCCCUGGAACUCUCGUUACCAUCGCUGGCUUCGGACUCUUUAAUGCCACGACCAAGCCUGACCACUUACUCGAGGCAAACUUCACGGUGAUGGAUACUGCCGAGUGUGAGAAAAUCUACCAGGAGCAUGACCAGGAGGCGUUCCUCAGGGUCAGGUACCCAAACCUGCUGCAAGGAACUGACAUCAUCUGUGCCACAGACGACACAUCGGACGCCUGCCAGGGGGACUCCGGGGGACCGAUGUUCAUGGUAAAGGACGGAAAGCGCUACUUGGAGGGCGUCGUAUCGGGAGGAGCCAGCUGCCGCGCAAACUUCAAGUCAGUGCUGCCCGGCCUGUACAUCAGUCUGGCUAGGCACGUUCACUUUAUCAGCGAUUAUGUGCUCGGGCCACCAGUAGAUGUGUCCUAAGUGUGUGUGUGUGUGUGUGUGUGUUUUUGUGUGGAGAUUAGGUGUGUUCUUCUGAACUAUAUACAUCCCCCUUUCCCAGUAUCCUUCUCAGUACGAAGUGACUCCCUGUUUCAUGAGCCAUUCCUCGCCUCCACUGUGUUGUGCCUGACGUUCCGAGGUGCAACAGUUUGACUCACCUCCACCUUUGGUCUUUAAAUACAAUCAGUUUAAGUUACCUUUGUGCUCUGCUAUCGUGGAAUCAAAGAAAGUGCAUGGUAGGUGCUACUGCAGUGGAUGUACCCUACUCAUCACAUUAUGUCGUGAGGAACAGGCUUGAUGAUUUUUGUUAUUCCUGUUUUGUUACUCUAUUGAAAUAAGAGACAAUUGUUACGUAAUACAA